UGACUUGCAAUUCUACAUUGCGUAGGCGCAAUCCUUUGAGGUUUUUCAGCUCUUACAAAACGCCCACUUUCCCGAAACAAAUGGAGGAUUACUAGAUAGACUGUAUUUUUUUUGCCAAAAUUGCACCAACAGUCUGAUGAAUGUGAGGCAUUUCGAAAUCAUGGCCUACUCUGUGGAGUGGUGGCAAAAAACAUCAGGGAGGACGACUGCUCCCCACAGAGGCUCAGGAAGUGUUCCAAAUGAAUACGUCACUGUGGGCUUAAGGGAUGAAGCUGAGGAGAGAAAAAAAGUCAAAAUCCGCCCCCCAAGCCCAAGGGCCCCGCGAGCAUCACCAGUCUUGCGCAGGAGCUUGUCCUGUGAGCCAAUACCCAAACCGAUCAUUCGAAGACGAGAGCAGUCUCUGCCGUCACCCCCUAGAAGACGGAGGCUGAGUCAGAGAGCAGGGGUGCGUUUUGUGGACUCUCGGGGUAUGAAAUUAGAGGAUGUGAAGGUUUUCAAAGCUAGCGAGGGUCCCCUUGUCCCAGAUCAUGUCCUGUUCAGGAUACUGAUGAAUGCUGAAUUGUCAGGGGGUAGUAACCUGGAGAUUUCGUUGCCCUUGAUGAAGCCAGUGUUUACUCAGCAACCAGGUGAUCAUCCUGGGUUUAUGCGGCGCGUCAUUUGCCAGAGAGUGUGCCUGGAGAGGGUUCUGUGCCUCGAGGUUGGCAUCGUUGGCAUCGUGCAAGUCCUCGACCUGGCAUUUGAGAAAGAGGUCAGUGUGCGCUACUCCUUCACGGCCUGGAAGAGCUGCACUGAAACCCGGGCAUUCUGGGUGUCCCACAAACACCUCGAUGACACGACACACACACUGGGAUGUGACACUUUUCACUUUCAUCUUCCAGUGCCACCUUUCCUCCUGCAACAUGGGGCCCUGCUCGAAUUUGCCGUGUGUUACAAAGUGUUGGGAACAGAGUGUUGGGACAACAACGAAGGGCAGAACUACAGGCUGGCCUGCCAUGGCUAUAAGCUGACCGUGCCCAAGGAGUGUGAGGAGAGCAUGAUACAUUUUAUCUAAUGCCAAGCAGAAGAUGAUUAAUAUGCACACACUUCUAAAUGCAAUAGCUACGUACAUCCUGGAACUGAUGCACGUGCCAUGGAAAAGCACACAUAUGGAUUUUUUUUGUAGGCCUUGAUUUAUUAUUGCUGUUUUUCAAACUUUAAUACAAAGUAUUUUUUGUAGCAUCUAGGGUUUGUUUCUCUGAAAAAUGUUCAUGUCUACUGACAUAACUGUGCCACUUUAUUUUUUUGUUACUAAAAACACUAAGCAGUCACAAUUGUGAUAUUGGGUUUGAAUUCAUACUUUGGAAAAGCACCUUUUAUGUAGCCUUUAACUCAUCACAAUGGUCUAUAAAAUGGCAAAAUAAAAAUAAACCACAUAAAUGUUA